AUGGACAUCCAAACGAUGUCAGAUGAUGCUCAGUGUAGAAUCUUUCCAGCCACCUUGUCCAAGACUGCUCAAGAGUGGUUUUUUAAAUUCCCUCCGGCCAGCAUAAUGUCUUGGGAAAUGUUUGUGAAGGAGUUUUAUAGACAAUUUUAUGUUGGUCGAGUACAUUCGACCGAGGCCAAUCAACUUGUCAAGAUACGCCAGAAGGAGGGAGAAACCUUGAAGGGGUAUGUCCAACGUUUCAUGCGAGCCGCUGCUAGGGAUAAGAGGGUUGGCGAUGAAGGAAAGAUGAUGGCUCUUACUAUUGGAGUACGAUGCCAUUCAUCCCUCUGGAACAGUUUGAGGAUGAAUGGGGUUAAGAGCACCCAAGAAUUUCUGGACAGAGCAGACACGUACAUCAAGCUCGAGGAGGCCAUUGCUAACGAAGGGAAGUCACCUGCAGACGACCAGGGUCAGAAAGAAGAUCCCAGCAAAUUCGCUAGUGGGUCUGGGAAACCAAAUGGCAACGGAAAAAAUAAUGGGAAAAAUAGAGGAAUAAGGGCAUGA